AUGGCCACCAGUGAGCAGGAGCCCGACGAAGGCAAUGACACACCCAAUCAGAAGGUCGAUGGCGCGCUCCACCUUGAAAACCGCACCCCGACCGACAAUCGACCUCAUUGGGCAGACCUAAUUGUCCCGAUGGUGUUCCAGCAGGGUGACAACAACCUUGACCCUUUCGACGACGAAAAGCCCAAUGCCACCACUGAUGCAAGUUCGCGCAAGAAGGUUCGCGGCCAGAUUGCUCAGUACGCCGAGACUGUGAGGAUCUUUCAGCACCGCACCUUCGUCCUCCUCGUCUUCGUCCUCGGCCGUCGGAUCCGCUUCACCCGCUGGGACCACUCCGGAGUCUCCCUCACUCCGUUGUUCGACUAUUUCGACGAGUGGCAGACGACAUGCAAAUUAUUUCACCGGAUCGCCUCCCUUGCCUGCUCAAGGGGCGGCGUAGGCGUCGGCUAUGACUCCUCAGCCACGCGUCUCUCUCAAGACGACGCUUUCUGGGAGGUCAUGACCUCCGUCAGCAGACCACAGACCACCGACGUGGACCACACUGAGCGGGAGCUAGCCGACGACGAGCUCGUCAAACAGGAUUUCGUCUUCAAGUACGUUCGAACGUUGUUCCACGACUCUCUCGAAAAAGGGCCUCGCUACGUGCUAGAAGUUCUGGACGCACCGGGAUCCAAGACCUUUCGUUACAUCCUCGUUGGGAGCCCGGUAUUUCAUGCGCCUGGAGUGGAUCGGUGCGGCACUCGUUGCUACGUUGGCUACGACACGACGACCAUGAGCUUCGUGUGGCUCAAGGACACCUGGCGCUCCGACUACCCCCUUUUGCUGAGAGAAGGCGAUACUCUUGCUGCGCUCCACGCUCAGGGCGUCCGGCGUAUACCGACGCUUGUUUGCCAUGGCGACGUCCGCAACCAGGUGACUCGGACACAAGACUUCUACAGCGACAGCGGCGAUGCUCUCAACUCCAAAUUCCCACCGCGAAAGCACAAGCACUAUCGUCUUUGCACCAGAGAGAUCGGCUUGACUCUGGAAAAGUUCCUCACUCCGCACCAACUUGUGGCAUCCAUAUAUGAUGCCGCUAAAGCGCACUCGAGUGCUAUCAAGGCGAACAUCCUCCAUCGGGAUAUCAGCGGCGGCAAUAUCAUCAUUGUUCCCCGCGUUAUUAACAACCACCGCUUCCGCCGUCUUGUCUGGGAAGGGAUGUUGAUCGACUGGGAGCUUGCGAAGAGGAUUGACAUGUUGCAUGUUCGCAGACAACUCUGGAGAACAGGCACGAUGCAGUCCAUGUCCGUUGCGAUGCUCUUGAGCAGCGGCAAGGUCUCAGAGGUCUCAGACGACCUUGAAUCCUUCUUCUAUGUCCUCCUCUAUUAUCUCGUUCGCUAUGUCCCCUCUUCUUUCGAAGAACCGGAGGCUGUCUUCCAUUGGCUAGAAGACUUCUUCGACAGCUAUGCGGUACAAGACAACAUCUACACUUGCGGUGCGGUCAAGAAGAACUCC